CUAAACGUUCGUUGAUCUGUCUUUUCUCUCAGGUUAGGGUUUUACGAAGAAAACAUAUCAAAGCAACCAGAGUUAGACACUCUGUCGAGUAUUUUCGCGGCGAUUCAAGAGCUUCGCAAUGGCUAGAAUCAAGGUUUACGAGCUCAGGCAAAAAACAAAAGCAGACCUUCUGAAUCAAUUGAAGGAUCUGAAAGCAGAACUUUCGCUCCUUCGCGUCGCCAAGGUCACUGGUGGUGCCCCAAAUAAGCUCUCCAAGAUAAAAGUUGUUAGGCUUUCGAUAGCGCAGGUUUUGACUGUGAUUUCACAGAAGCAAAAGUCAGCAUUGAGGGAAGCUUAUAAGAAUAAGAAAUAUCUGCCUUUGGAUCUCCGCCCUAAGAAGACAAGAGCUAUUAGAAGACGCCUCACUAAGCACCAGCAAUCUUUGAAGACAGAGCGUGAGAAGAAGAAGGAAAUCUACUUCCCAAUGAGAAAAUAUGCAAUUAAGGUGUAAUGUUGGGCCCUUAUUGCAUGACUUCUGAUUUGUUAUUUGACAUAAUUAUUAAAAAUAUUUGAUCUUGGGUUCUAUUUUUGUCUCCUUUUGAGUUGAACUAAUCACUGAAAUGGAAUUUUAAGUAAAAUUGUUAUCUCUGUUUUUUACUCGUUCCAGUUUCAGAUUCCUUACCAAACAUUACCCAUCUGUUUGAUUUAUAAAAUGAGUUUGGAAUCUGUUAAAUUCA